UCUGUUUUUUUUUUCUUCUAUAUACUUUCUGGCGCACUGCAGUCCAAUCGAAGCUGCCGCCUACUACUGGGAUGAAGGUUAAUGGCAGGGGGGAAAGGCAUUUGACCCAACGUGGCCAUAGAUAAGGCAAUUACUAGUUUAUUUCUCUAGCGUCCAUUCUGCGCCGGUUCAUCUUCAGUUAGGGGCGUGGGCCUGCCGCAACUUUCAUGCCAAGCUGCUGCUUUAAAAGUGGGAUGUCCCCGAUUGCCUCGGUAAGAAUGAGGAAAUACUGAAUAGCAACGGUCCAAGGGAGACCACGUCCAAAGACAUCCGACACACGACUGACCGGCUCCUAAAGUCAACGUCCGACUAAGCAGAGCUCUCCAUGGGGGAUUUAGGAAUCACGAGCGAUGUAACGCCGGUUAACCCGGAUGACAUCAGCACGAACACGGACGUCCCGACCAAAACGAACGGCCCGGAGUACGUGGCAUUCGGCCUGGUGCCUGUGUUCUUCCUGCUGGGCUUGCUGGGCGUGCUCAUCUGCCACGCCCUGAAGAAGAAAGGGUACCGCUGCACAACGGAGGCCGAGGACGCGGAAGCGGAAGCGGCGGCGGAGGCUGACAAAGAGCUUGAGAAGGACGCGGAGAGAGGUCUGAAUGACACCUACAGCGAGGACAACAGUGACACCGUGGGACAGAUCGUCCACUACAUCAUGAAAAAUGAAGCAAACAGAGAUGCCUUGAAAGCCAUGGUCAAUGAUAACAGCAUAGACUCGGACGGUCCACCCACCCCUACCUCUCCCAUGACCCCCACGACGCCGGAGACCCCGGGGUCGCCUGGAUCGCCGGGCUUUCCAGGGGCGCCUGCUGCCGCGGCGACCAAGCACACGUGCAACCACCUGCACACCAUCGGCGGCAUGGGGGGUCAUAAGAACAUCUGCAACCGCUGCAGCCAGAAAAAAUGGCCACUGAUGCGCCGCCUCUCAGCCAGGAAGGUGCUUGACCGGCGCAGCAACCCUGGGGAGGUGACCGUACUCGCCGUGGGCCGGUUCCGAGUGACUAAGUGUGACCCCAAAACGGGCAAGGAGCGCCGCACCCUCCUGAUCACGGAGCCCAACGGAACCGUGUCUGCCGCUCCGGCUGCGGAGACGACCCCUGAAGAGCGCCCCCCCUCCUCUCAGGCACAGGAGGAGACAAAUGCAAUAUGAGAGGAGUGACGUUGGAGGACCAACACAGACAGACAGAGGAGAGGCACAGCGCACAGACAGACAGAGAAGGAGAGACAGAGUGAACCUUUAUAACGCAUUUUAAUCCCUAAGUAAAUCCAAGCUAUGACGAGCCAAUGAGGCAGACACGUCAGCGGGCGGAAAGGCCCCCCAUUGGUGGACAGCUGUGUCAGUAGGGGGGUUUGUCCACCUUCCUCAGCCAUAUUCCAGCCAAUCAGCAGCUGGCCAAUAGAGAUGAAGCUGACAGUGGUGGAGGUGGAGGAGGUAGUGAUAAGAGAUGGAGAAAAGAGAAACCUUUUCUUGUUGCGUUCGAUCAUGAUCAAGCCCCUCAUUCAUCCAAGGCCAAUUAGCAGAGUGGGUCACGGACCAAAGCACAAGGGUGGGAUGACCUUUCGACCCCCACUCAUUCCAUCGCCGUGACAACCCUCCCUUUCGCAAACACAAAAUGUUGUCACAGUCAGCCGUGAUCCACCCUUUAAGAAGAAAACUAUCCGGUCGUCAAGCAAAUGGCCGCGAUUGUUAAUGGUUAAACCAUCCUGGUUCCACUGUCAGACAAGGCGGGAGGGGAGUGAAAGGGAGGUGGCCUAAAGCCUCUUCAGUAGGUCAUGGCAUCCUAAUCCACACCAUGUCACGUCUCAGUGGCGGUGGAGGAGGCAGCUGCAACGGGUUUAACCCCUGGAGCCAUUUUUGUUAUUUCACUGUGACAAGAAAAAAAGUCCUGGAACCAUCAGACUCUUACAGGGUACAAUCUCUAACCAACACUUUGGAGUCUCCAGUGGGGAUUCUAGAGCCCUGACACUGAACACAUUCUAGAACCAAGUACCUGUACAAGACUGAUCUGCUGUGCGAAGUCCAGAACGCUUAACUGCCUAAAAUAAAUGUAACAGAAUAAUAUAAUGUCCUAAUCCAACUGCUACACAAAGCUAGCUAACUGUUUAUCUUGUUAAAGAAUGAUUUUGUCCUGUUUCAUUAAGAUAAAUGUAAGUCCUGCUUAUACACUGACCGCCAGAUUGUAAUCGGGCAUCACACUUGCCACCUAAAUUGACACUGUUGCAUUACCUUAUACUGGAAGUCGAUUGUAGCCAUUCGACAGAUAUCUUCUCUCUGUGAAUAUUUGCUAUUUGCUAAUGCUAAUGUUUAUGUGAGAUGGUCUUGAAAGGGCUACUUCAAGGACUUGGUGGUAAGGCUUUGCUGAACUAUAAAACGUCACUCGUCUUCAUUCUUUUGUUUUCAGGAACAGAUAACACUCUUUCACCCUCUCCUCUUCCCUCACUCCUUUUUUCUGUCGUGUUUGUUUAUCCGUUCAAAUGGAUGCGGUGGUGAAUGUGUUUCUUCUUUCGCGCUCCCUUGUGUGGUUGGUUUGGUUUAGCAUUACGCUGAGUGAGUCCUCCAUGACCUUCACUCAACUACCAUGCCAGCGAGGGUUUUGGAUCUGAUGAUGUGCUGUAAAAGUCAAUAGGUAGAUGUGUGUGCUUGCAUGUGUGUGUUUGUGUAUUAGAGAGAGAGAGAGAGAGAGAGAGAGAGAGUGUGUUUGUUUGUGUAUGAAAAGAAUAGAUGCAAAGGUCAGAUAUUUUAACAGGGUUUUGUUUGUUUUUGUCUUCUGUUCUGUUUGGUUGUUGAGUAUAUUUUCAUAGGGGUAGACACACCAGUUGCUGUUGACCUGGUGUUGGCAUGGCUUUCAUGAAACCAGAGAAAGCAAGUGUCUUUUUUUUAAUUACUUUGCCAUCUGACAAGGUUAGUCUGCCACGCUGCAGACACAUCACCUCCUCAAUGAUGGGACAGCCUACCCCUGUCUGUAACGAAAUUGCCAAACACAGCGCAUUUUUAAAGCCAAAAAAUAUUACCUCAGAAAAACAGUGGCCUUGCUUUAGGGGGUAACCAAGUUGGAAUAUCUGUGAGUGUUUAUGAAUUGCUAUGUGUGCACUUGAGGUUUCACAAAAAAAAAAAAAAAAUGUUUUGUAAUACACCUUUUUGUAUUUAUUUGAUUUCCUUAGUAAAUGGAUUCAUCAGUUUUUACAUUAUUGUUUUUAAAUGGGGCACUGUUAAAAAAUGUUCUGGGUGCUCAUUAUACUUGACCAUGAACUCAAGUGAUGUGUUCAGUUUGUGUUCCUUAUUUCCCCAGUGUAAUGCUGAAAUCGAUAGUUCAUUAUUGUGGGAUGAAGUUAUGAUAGUUCUUUCUAUCCGUCUCUGUCCAAAAUUGGGGCAGACGGAGAAUGCGCUGCUGGAUUUAAGCUUAAUACCUUUUUGUUUCAGAGGUCUACCCAAAAGUUUGAACAUUUAUUGCAGUUUUAUGCCUUAGGAAAUGGUCUCAAAAUCAAACCAAGCUCGGGAUUUCACCAGACUGACAAUAACACGUCAACUUCCAGCAGGGUGUGUGUGUGUUCUGCAGUGGUGUGUGUAGAUGCAGUACAGCAUGACUGAUUGGCCGUUGCAUUUCGUGACAUCUCAAUGAAUGAACGAGAAAAACAGCCUUUUGUCAUCAUGCAUAGAAACUCUACAGGCCUCAUCUCACGAAUGGCACCAAAAAGGUGAAUUGUUUUGCUUCCUUGGUUAUCUUUAUAUAAUGGUGUCUCUGUCUCAAGAGUGUUUGACAUCUGAACAUGUGUUUGAACAGGAGAACAGUCCAACAGCUAUUCUUUUACCUUAAAACAUUUUAAUCCUCAUGGUAUUUUCCCCUGCAUCAUAAACCCCGUUAAAUCAUGGAAGGGAAAAAUCUUUAAAAAGUGCCCUAAAUUGUACAUAAUUUGGUGACGUUUGCUAAUUUGGAUAUAACAUGACACUAUAACUCCAUAGAAACAAUGCCAUAUACAGUGUGGAGGAUCCCUAAGAGGUCAUAUGAGUUAUUCCCUUGCUCAUGUUGUUAUGCAUCAGGGCAUUGCAGUACCUUUUGAAGUCUACGUGUAGUCGACAGAUCCACUGUCUGCUGCGAGACUUGAAAUAUAAAUACUGUGUGAAAUGUAUUUAAUAAAGAAAAAAGUUAUUUAGUUUAAAAAUUGUGAAUAUAAAUGCAAAUAGUAUUUCAUAAUAAAAGCACUAAUAAAUAUAUUGAGUAAUGUGCAAGGGAAGAGUUGUGGAAUCUUGAUUGUGUGAAGAGCCUUUUGUACAAUGCAUUUAUACAUUAAAAGGAUUAAGAUGAA